AUUUUGCCGAUGGUGUUGACUAUCACGACCCUCACUGCGAUGGCAAACAGGUCAUAGUUCAUCUCUUCGAGUGGAAAUGGCCGGACAUAGCUAGUGAAUGUGAGAGAUACCUUGGGCCCAAAGGCUUUUGCGCAGUGCAGGUUUCCCCUCCGAUGGAGCACGUGAUGGUGACCACUGACGGUAACCGACCAUGGUGGGAGCGCUACCAGCCGGUCAGCUACAAACUGACCAGCAGAAGCGGUAAUGAGGAACAGUUUGCUGACAUGGUGGCUAGGUGUAAAAAGGCAGGUGUACGAAUUAUCGUGGACGCGGUGGUCAACCACAUGGCUGGACUGGGUCGAAGUGGGACUGGGACAGCUGGUAGCCCGUUCAACUCAGACAAUCACGACUUCCCUGGUGUACCCUUCACCGCAGAACACUUUCAUAAGAGGAGCGACUGCCCAUCUGGAGAUGGGAAUGUAAACAAUUAUGGAGAUCCCAAGAAUGUGCGAAACUGUAACCUGGUGGGGUUGACCGACCUUGACGGGAGCCAAGAUUAUGUUAGGGAGAAGGUAGCUGGAUACUUCAACCAUCUCAUCUCUCUCGGGGUCGCUGGCUUCCGGGUGGAUGCUUCCAAACACAUGUGGCCUGAGGACAUCAAGGGCAUCCAAGCUAAGACAAACAACCUGCCAGAAGGUGGACGCCCCUUCUUUGCUCAUGAAGUGAUUGACAGAAACGACGGCGCCAUCAGAGUCGACGAGUACUUUGAUCUUGGAUGGGUGACAGAGUUCCGCUAUCUACAGAAGGUUCGAGAAGGUGCCAGUGAUUUGGGUCGGCUGGACGCUGUCUAUGAUCCUGGCUGGGGCAUGGCACCACCCGAGCAUGCCUUCGUCUUCGUGGAUAACCACGACACACAACGAGGCACCGAGUCCCUGACAUACAAGAAUGGCGAUGAGUACAAACGAGCUGUAGCAUUUACCUUGGCCAAUGAUUACGGAUUUACCAGGAUUAUGAGCAGCUACUUCUUCACCGACAGCAACGAGGGCCCCCCACACAACAGCGACUACUCGGCCAAGGACGUCAUCAUCAAGUCUGACGGUUCCUGCGACAAUGGAUGGGUGUGUGAGCAUAGAUGGAAAGCCAUAGGCAACAUGGCCAUGUUCCGAAACGCCGUGGCGGGAACCAAGCGAGAGAACUUCCGAUACAGCAAUGGCGUCUUGUCAUUCAGUAGAGGCAACAAAGGUUUUUUUGCCAUGAGUGCCAAUAGUUUCAGCGUUACCGUCAACACAGGUCUCCCGGCCGGCCGGUACUGCGACCUCAUCAGUGAGUGCGCCAUGAAGGUCACGGUCGAUGGCAGCGGAAAUGCCCAGAUCACUCCACACGACCCGGGGGAACCAUUUGUGGCAAUCAUUACAGAGGGUGGCGAUCAAAUUGCGGUUCCGGUGGUAACUACGGGUACACAGGGACCCAAUGUGAAUCCUGUGACACAAGGACCCACCCAGGCACCCUGGACCCCUAGUGGGUCAGCCGACUAUGUCAGGACAGUGAUACUGAUCCAGAAGCAGACGAACCCAGGCCAGGAUCUCUUCAUCAGGGGCGGCAUUGACACAUCACACAGGACAGGAUGCUCCAGUACUGAUGUAUCCAAUCCUUGCAGUAUUCCAAUCAAACAUAUCUCAGAUGGCACUUCCAGCCACUUCGACAAGGUAAACGCUUGGAGCGCGGGGGACAACUUCUUGGACUGGGUAGGCGCGGAACCGGGACAGGGAAACUACCAGGGGGUCGCUGCAAGUGGAACUCCGGCCUUCUGGUCAACUAACGUGGCCUCUGAUGCUGGAUAUAGCCCAUUCAACAA